GCUCGAGCUUGUUGGGCUGUGGCAUCGCACAAGAUCAUGGAGACAUAUGAAGCAGCCGAGAAGCAUUUGGACAACGGCGACUUGCAAUUGAGCGUCAGGUCUGCAGAGGAUGCGCUGUCCGAGUCGCAAAGGUCUGGCAAAGCGCCAGUGGCUUUGCACGUGCUCGUCCGCGCAAAGCAACGCCUUGGGAUUCCGGCGAAUGAUUUGGUGAAGGAAGCAGCUGAAAAAGCUCAAAGUCAAGACCUGUCUUUCAAAGCCGCAGUGAAACUCGCCGAAGUUUCAUUGAGUCUGGGAGAUGGUCGUCUGAGUGAUGCAGUGCAACAAGCCAAAGACUUGCGCUCCUUAGCCACAGAGUUACCUCCCAGCGAGUCACGGCUUCAAACCUUGGCCUUGUCAAUGCAAGUGACGACACAACUGGCACGAGGUGCCUAUGAUGAUGCCAUGCGGGCUGCCAUGGAACUCUUGGCUGCUGCUCAGAGACGGCAAGAUAAGCAAGCUGAGGCCGCUGCGUGGCUGCGCAUUGCAGAAGUUCACCGGCACAGAGAGAUGGUGCCGAUGGGGCCCACGGGUGUGGGUACAUCCACAGCGGAGGAGACGUUGCAAGCAGCAGAGCGAUCUGCAGAUAUUUACACCUCCAGCCUUAGUAGCCUCAGUGCCGACAGUCAGUCGGAAUCGCGACGAGGCAUGGCUUCGGCACAUGUGGAGGCAGGUCGAGCUUGUUUGCGACUGGGUCGUUUCAGGCAGAGUAUCUCUUUGGCCUCCGAAGCCAUGGGAAUCUUCCGAAGUCUCGGCUUUUUGCAUCGCCUGACCGGCGCCUUGGAUGUAGAGUUAGAGGCACGGCGUGGACUGAUGGAGCCGAUGAUUGGUCUUCAAGCGGCCAAUCGGGAGCUUCAACUGUUGCGAGAACAGGCUGAGUCGCAAGAGACCCGAGAGUCUCGAGGCUUCAACCAGGCAGAGGCUGAGAUCUUAGAAGCCAUUGCCCGAACCCAUGGCUCUUUGUCUGAGCCCUUGGGUGCAGUGCGAAAUGCUUUGCUGGCGGCGGACCUGCGGAAAGAGAUCCAGGAUGAGGCGGGUGAGACGGCUGCUCUGCUGUUGGCCGCGGAUCAACAGCGUAACCUGGGCGAAAUGAUCGAUGCCACCGAGACGGCCGAGAGGGCCCUGGCACUGGCGUGCAGGACGGGCAAUGCGCGGCAUGAGGAAGAGGCAGCCAGGGUGCUGAGCCGUGUGCUGGCAGAGCGAGGCCUGAACGACCAAGCGCCUCAGAGGCCGCAGGCGCUUCAGGCUUUGGAGGCGCUUAUAACAGCCGUUAAGCAGCGAGAUGGUGGAGCAGCGAAGGACUCAGAACGUCUGCUGAACUCCUUCGGGGGCCUUGUGACAAACAAGGAUAUCGCGGAUCACGUCGUGCCUCUGAUUAGCAGAGAUCCGGAGGCCGUGAAGUUUCUGAGGGAAGAACUUGGAUGGAACAUUGAGAAGCCUUACACCCAGAAGCAGGUUGGUAAGGAAGUGCGACAUUUGGAUUUCUACUUGGGUCAUCGCCUGACAGGUAUGGGAUUCGGCCCUCAGUUCAAAGUGUGCACCUUCCCGGUCCGCGUCUGGGGCUCUGCUCCUGUGGCCGUCUCUGUGAACCAACUGCCUGAGACGGAGGCUUGGCAGAUGGAGAUGAUGUUUCGUCCAGGCUUCAUUGAUUCUGGACUGCAAUCUGGAAUGGUGCAUGCACCCUUCUUCGACUGAGGAGACUAUCCACGAUGCCAGCGUUGUCUUCCCACUGAAAACACUCAGAAUAUUUCAGACAGUCGUGCAGACAGCAAUGCAUCAAACAAGAGACGUGAACUGCAUC